AUGUCGUCUGAUGAUUUGCGACUGCUUGGCAAGCAGGAGCGCGUGAUAAAAAGUUCAGUUUCAAAUAUAAAAUACUUUGUGGAAACUUGUGGUGAUAAUGUGAAUGUUCGUUCUUUGGAAAUGAGUUUGCAACAAUUAGAUGACUUGUGGUCUAAGUUCAUUGACAUCAGGAUGCGAACAGAAGUUAUGUUGGAUGCCGCUGCUGAAGACUUCGAAGAAUUCACCCAAUCAAACCGUGAUGAGGAGUACACCCGGAUUAUAUCGGAGUUUCAAAAUACUGUGCUGACUUUGAAAAAUCAAAUCCACAUGAAGAUGACAUCAUCACUAGAAGCGUCAGGCGCAAUUGUUUCUAGAAAAGAACCUGCUAAUUUUCCCCACCACUCCAAAGUCAAACUCCCGGAGCUCAAACUUCCUUCUUUUAGUGGACGGAUAUCAGAAUGGAUCACCUUUAGGGACACCUAUAAGAAUCUGAUUCACAACGACGCGAAUUUGUCAGACAUCGAUAAAUUCACUUAUCUUAGGACAAGUCUUACCGGAGAUGCGUUGCUUGAAAUUGCAUCCAUUGAAAUUUCGUCUGCAAACUAUGCAAUAGCUUGGGCAGCAUUGGAAAGUGUUUUUGAGAAUAAAAAACUAUUGGUUAUGACACAUCUGGAUAGUUUAUUUUCUUUGGAACCACUACGUCAUGAAAAUUUCGACUCCCUUAACAAACUUGUAAAUGGUUUUGAGCAAAGUCUCCAAAUGCUAAAGAAAAUUGGAGAAGAAGUUGAAGGGUGGAGUACGUUGCUCCAGUAUAUGUUGUACAAAAGACUUCAUCCAAGCACCACACGCCAAUGGGAAUCACACUUUAAUUCUAAAGAAGUCCCGAAAUACUCCGAAAUGAUCACUUUUCUAAAGAGUCACUGCAUCGUUCUACAGUCUGUAGCUCCAGUUCGUUCGACCCAGCCUGAAACAAAGAAAUUUCGUCCAUCAUCUAGCUACACAGUACUCCAACCUUUUGUCAACUGUCCUUUUUGCAAGGAAUCAGCCCACUCUGCAUUCAAGUGCCCCAGAUUUACGAAGAUGUCUAUCGGCGAGCGGGUUGAUGCUGUAAAACGGAAUUCGCUGUGCUUUAAUUGCCUCUCAUCUCAACACAUAGCUCGUUCAUGCACUCGUGGGAAAUGCCAACACUGUGGACAGCACCACCACUCGUUGUUACAUGUCAACUCAUCGACCACCGCGCAUCAAUAUUCGAAACCAUCAACUAAAGUUUUCAACAAACACAACCAACCUCAAAACCUUAAGUCGCAAACUCAACCCAACCAAUCGAAUCAAACACAGACUGGCUCCUCAACAAAUCAGCAGACACAAAUUCGCCCAAAUCCCACACCUCCUCAAAAUGCAAGUUCCAUUCAAUCACAAAAUUCCGCCACAGACAUUCCCAGUACAAGUUAUCCCACAUUUUCAACCAAACAUUGCACCCCACACAAUGUACUUUUAUCCACGGCUGUUGUACGCGUUGCUGACCAAUUCGGAAACAUCACGCUAGCUAGAGCGCUUCUGGAUUCCGGCUCUCAACGCUGCUACAUGUCGGAAAAACUUUCUCAAACUCUACAAUUUAAAAGAAGCCGUGAACACUUAGCUAUUUCCGGCAUUGGUGGUUCACGGUCCUCCUCAACUCAAGUUGUAUUUGCCGAAAUCAGUUCACGCAUGUCAGAUUUCUCCAGGUUGUUAAAAUUUCACGUUUUGCCUCAAGUCGCUGUCAACCUUCCCGCAAAAACCAUCGAUAUUUGCAAGUGGAAUUUGCCUGUUGAGAUUCAGUUAGCCGAUCCUACCUUCAAUGAGUCGCAAGUGAUCGAUGUGAUCAUCGGCGCUGAAAUAUUUUUUGAUUUGUUGCUUCGAGAUGAUCAGAUGAAACUAGGAGAGCAUGGUCCAACACUUCAAAACACAUAUCUUGGCUGGAUAAUCGCUGGUGGUAUUCCAGAAGAAGCAGUUUGUCUGCUCAACGUUCCUUCAGAUGCGGUAAACAGAAUUGAAGUUGAACUUGCACGUUUUUUCGAAUUGGAAUCAUGCCGUACCAGCAGCACACUUUCAUUGGAAGAGUCAGCAUGUGAGACGCACUUUUCGAAAACGACAACGCGUGGGAAGCAUGGAAGAUUCAUCGUUCAACUCCCCAAAAAGCCGUUCAUGAUCAACAGACUAGGAGAGUCCAAGGCAAGAGCGCUUAGGAGGUUCGGAGCGUUGGAGCGACGACUUAGUGCUGACCCAACCCUCAAGCAACUCUACACGGAUUUCAUCGAAGAAUAUUUGCGGCUGAAUCACAUGCGGAAAUUGUCUCCAGUCGAGGAAGAUUGCGCGUCAACUGUUGCAUACUAUCUACCACACCAACCAGUAUUGAAGCCUGAUAGUACGACAACUAAGCUUCGCGUUGUUUUCGACGCCUCUGCAGCGACUAGUAGCGGUAUUUCUUUGAAUGAAACUUUGAUGGUUGGUCCGACAGUCCAGGAAGACCUUUUCUCAAUUAUGCUGCGUUUUCGUCUUCGGAAAUAUGCAAUAACAGGUGACAUUGAGAAAAUGUACCGAAUGAUCGACGUUGAUCCUAUUGAUCACAAUCUUCAGCGCAUUUUGUGGAGAAGCAGGAUAACUGAGCCUGUUCAAACCUUUGUUCUCACCACUGUUACGUAUGGUACCUCACCGGCACCUUUUUUGGCCACUCGCUGUUUGAAAAUGCUUGCUGAUGAAAACAAUUCCACGUAUCCUCAUGCAUCUGAAGCUAUCAAUCACAACUUUUAUGUUGACGAUGCACUGCUCAGCGUUGACAGUCUAGAAACAGGAAUUAAGACCAUUGGAGAACUUAUAGCCCUUUUGGGAUCUGCCGGAAUGACUCUUCGAAAGAUCAGUUCCAAUUGUGUGGAUAUCCUCGAUUCCGUUCCACCUUACCUUCGAGAUGAACGCCUUUCGCAGCAGUUCCAGGAAUCAGGUAGCGUCAAAACUCUAGGCCUUACUUGGCAGCCUCGCCCAGACAUCUUUCGCUUCGUCGUUCCUCAAUGGAAUACUUCUUCUGAAAUGAACAAGAGAAUAAUUUUGUCUGACUUCGCUAAGCUCUUCGAUCCUCUUGGCCUGGUUGGACCUGUAAUCGUCCAGGCUAAGAUAUUUCUCCAGGAUCUUUGGAAAUCAAAGCUUUCCUGGGAAGAAAUCCUCCCCGAAGAGUCAACAACUUGGUGGCUGACUUAUCGACGCAACUUAGAAGACCUAACUCACCUUGAAGUGCCGCGAUGGGUUGCUUUCAGCAGAGAUACGAUAUCCGUAGAGUUGCAUUCAUUUUGUGACGCAUCAGAGAAAGCGUACGGCGCUUGCGUCUAUUUGCGGUGUACAUCUUUCAGUGGAGAAGUAACUGUUUCGUUGUUGACGGCUAAAUCUCGUGUUGCUCCGCUGGAUGACCUCAAAAGGAAGCGUAAAAAGACCACCAUACCCAGGCUAGAGCUGUCCUCCGCCCUGACGUGUGCCCAUUUAUUCGAGAAGGUUAACCAAAGCAUCAAAAUCACCAGUCAACAUUUUUUUUGGACCGACUCGAUGAUCCCAACAGGGUCUCAGAAAUCCAGCACACCACACGGUCAGGCGUUUGGAACCACGUCGCUGGCUGCGAGAAUCCUGCAGAUGUUCUAUCCAGAGGAGCUACCCCAGAACAACUUUCGUCGAACCAAGGCUGGUGGCAAGGCCCGCCAUGGUUGCAAUUGGAUCGGAGUAGCUGGCCAAAAUCUACUCAGUUUGCACCCGAAGAUUUCGACACCACAUUACUAG